UGCUUUUUAAUCUUUUGGAACAGAACAAUUAUGGUUAAAAACACCUUUGAUCCCCACACUUCUAAUCUUUUCUACCAUGUAAGAUUUCAUCAAAAUUAUCAUAUUUUAUCAUGUAAAAUGAUUCAAUUUUGUAGUGAUUUGAUCCUAAUCAAAUUAAAUAUUUUGUGUAUGUAUAGAGGCUUAAUCAUUAAUGAGAGAAGUAUUUUUUUGACCAACAAUUGUAGUAGGUGAAGAACUGGGAGAUAUAUUUUUGAGAGGGAAGGAGCUCUGUUCUUCAUCAUUGAGCCAUUGCCUUUAGGCGUUAUUAAUGGAGGGGAAAUAAUUAUAUUGGUAGAGAGAUAGACCCCGUAGGGUCUUCUUCCCAUUAACUAUUACCCGCACGCUGUCAGAUUACUCAAUUAUAUUGAAGUUUCUACAUUGGCUGAAUUUGGCUGUAAAAGAGUUGUCCUUAGGAAUCGAAGACAAGCUUGAUUGAAAAAUGUGAUUAAUGACCAACAAAAAGAAAGAAAAAAAGUGGUCCAUUGACUUAUAUUCUUCCCCUGGAUUUUUCAUCUCUUAAUUUUUUUUUUUUGAAGCGUUUUUGAAUUUCGUCAAGUUCCAAUUUUAUACUUCCAUGUAUUAUCCUAAGUUUUGAUUUGAUUGCAUUUAGGAGGAAUCAAGCGGCAGGAUGGCUACGCCAAAUGGAUCAUGGAGCAUCAGGAGUACUAUCGAAGGAGCCCUCCGAAGAAGAAUUCUGUCUUGCACUUCGCAAUGGUCUUAUUCUCUGCAAUGUCCUCAACAAAGUCAAUCCUGGUGCUGUUCUUAAGGUGGUGGAGAGUCCAGUUGUAACUGUACAGUCAGUAGAAGGAGCAGCACAAUCUGCAAUUCAAUAUUUUGAGAACACGAGGAACUUCUUGGAGGCGGUUAAAGACAUGAAGCUCUUGACGUUUGAAGCUUCUGACUUGGAAAAGGGAGGUACUUCAGGAAAAGUUGUAGAGUGUAUUCUCUGCUUGAAAGGAUAUUAUGAGUGGAAGCAAGCUGGUGGGAUUGGGGUUUGGAGAUAUGGAGGAACUGUACGGAUCACAUCUCUUGCCAGAAGUUCACCUUCCAUAACUGAAAGUGAUAGUACAGAUGAAUCGGAUUCGUCUCAGUUUGAGCAGCUACUAGACUUCCUCCAUCUUUCUAAUGAAGUUUCAGUUGAAGAAUCCAGAACUUGCAGUGUUCUUGCUUUUCUUUUUGAUCGUUUUGGACUUAUACUCUUACAAGCAUACCUCCGAGAGAGUAAUCGGAUUGAAGAUUUUCCUUUAAAUGCAAUGGUAAUUGAUGCAUUACUUAGCAAGGUUGUUAAGGAUUUCUCUGCACUGCUUGUGUCUCAAGGCACUCAGCUUGGACUCUUUCUGAAGAAAAUAUUGAAAAGUGAUUUAAGUUCAUCAUCAAAAUCUGAAUUCAUUGAAGCAAUAUCCCGAUACAUCAACCAAAGAGCGAAUAUGGCAUCAAGCGACUUCUCGAAAUUCUGUGUUUGUGGAGGAAAACGUGAGGUUAUUCAUAGGGCUCCUGCUGACCAUGAAGAACUGGUUCAUGCUCAACAGAAUCAGAUUCAGGAGCUAAAAUCAGCGUUUCAAGAAACCAAACUUGAAGUUAAACACAUACAGUCUCAAUGGAAUGAAGAAGUUGAAAGGCUAGAACAUCAUCUCAAGGGCCUUGAGAUGGCUUCCUCUUCGUACCACAAGGUCUUGGAAGAGAAUCGUAUACUUUACAAUCAAGUUCAAGACCUUAAAGGAACGAUAAGGGUGUACUGUAGAGUGAGGCCUUUCUUAUCGGGACAAUCAAACCAGCAUUCUACAGUGGACUAUAUUGGAGAAAAUGGGAACAUUAUGAUUGCGAAUCCUCUAAAGCAAGGCAAAGAAGCAAGAAGAGUAUUUUCCUUCAAUAAAGUUUAUGGAACUAAUGUUACCCAAGAACAAAUAUAUAUCGACACUCAACCGUUGAUCAGAUCCGUUCUUGAUGGUUUUAAUGUUUGUAUCUUCGCAUAUGGACAAACUGGCUCAGGAAAGACGUAUACAAUGAGUGGCCCAGAUUUGAUGACUGAGGACACAUGGGGCGUUAACUAUCGAGCUCUCAAUGACUUAUUCCAGAUAUCAAAUGCAAGGUUGGAUAUGAUAAAGUAUGAAGUUGGAGUUCAAAUGAUUGAAAUAUACAAUGAGCAAGUGAGAGAUCUGUUAGUCAGUGAUGGCUCGAACAGAAAAUUAGAUAUACGAAACAACUCUCAACUCAGUGGCCUCAAUGUGCCUGAUGCAAGUUGGGUUCCUGUGACAUGUACUCAAGAUGUUCUUGGUUUGAUGAGAGUUGGCCAGAAGAAUCGAGCUGUUGGUGCUACGGCUUUAAAUGAGAGAAGUAGUCGUUCACAUAGUGUUCUAACAGUUCAUGUACUUGGAAGAGAUUUGGUCUCCGGAUCCAAUCUUAGAGGGUGUCUUCAUCUAGUAGAUCUAGCUGGGAGUGAAAGAGUGGACAAAUCUGAAGCUGUCGGCGACAGACUAAAGGAAGCACAACAUAUAAACAAAUCCCUCUCUGCACUUGGAGAUGUGAUUUCUGCUCUUGCACAAAAGAGUUCACAUAUUCCUUACAGGAAUAGCAAACUAACUCAACUCUUGCAGGAUUCUUUAGGUGGACAUGCUAAGACCUUGAUGUUUGUACACAUAAACCCCGAAGUUGAUGCACUUGGAGAGACAAUUAGCACGCUUAAGUUUGCUGAGAGGGUUGCCUCUAUAGAAUUAGGUGCAGCUCGUUGUAAUAAAGAAAAUGGUCAAAUUAGAGAACUUAAAGAUGAGAUAUCAAAUCUCAAAUCGGCAUUGGAGAGGAAGGAUGCAGAGCUUGAACAACUAAAAAGUGGAAACGCUCGAGCCUUCGUAGAAAAUCCAAAGCCGAGAGCUGCCUCUCCCUCCCGUGUUCUAAGACAUGGUACCAAUGGAGGUGCUAAGCCUGAAAAUUGUCAAAGGCCUUUGGAUGAAGCUAAAACUUUGGAGGCUAGAAGCUACUCUUCAGGAAAGCAAAGAAGGUCAAGAUUUCCCUCUACAUUCACAGAGAAAGAUGCAAUAAAAAUGCCAUUAUUAGCUGAAGAGAGAUCAACAACAAGUUCCAGCUCUGGAAACCCAAGGUCACCAUCUCCACCAGUUAGGAGAUCAAUAUCAACCGAUCGAGGUGCCUUUAUAAGAAGCAAGGUACGAACGGAAACGAACGAAAACCAACCAAUAUCAAAGCCUUCAUUUCCGACGAAAGCGCCCGUUAACAAGUCGAUGGCCUCAAUUCAAGUAAUCGAUAAUCGAGGAAGAGUAAACAUCAGUUCUCAAGAGCAUGAAAACGUCUCUGAUGCAUUGGUUGGUAUCCAAAAAACAAUGGCUUCAACAAAGAAGAAACAACUGGUUUGCCAAGAAAACAAUGAAGAUGAACAACAGUUGAAGCAGUCUGUAACUACAAUGCAAGGUGGUGCAAGGAGAAGCAAAAAUGAAGGGAAAAGCAAAGCAAAGCAACAGCAGAUGCCUGGUGUAGCAGCAGCAGCUAGGAUUAACAACAAACAGAGGCAGCCUGAGCAUGUGGUAACAACAUUACUUACUGACAUUAAUGCUGCUGGAAAAAUGGAGGAUGCAAGAAAGAGCGACUUCUCUGAAAUGGAGAAUGAGCAUUUUAUAGGGGGAUUCCCUCUCGAUGGUGCUUUGAAGGCGAAGAAAGCUCGUCAGAACUUCCCAAGGAAUUCUCAAAAUCUGGAACCACAAAGAGUACCUGUUGAAAGUUUACUGACUACCAACAAAGUCGAGAAUGAGAGUCACAAUCAAAGUGAAGUCACCGACAAAUCAAUGCCUGAAUUUAGGAGUAGAUCAAUACCUCAUGGAAAAUUUUUAGUAAUAUCAUGAGGUAUGAGUAUUAAAAAACUAUAUAUUUGUAGCUUUAUCUUUUCACUCCGAUCAUUCUUUGUAUAUUAAUUAUAAUUCUCAAAAUUCUUGGAGUGAUUUUCAAAUUAUUUUUAUAAAGAACGUAUGAGUGAAAGAUAAAACAUUGUUGAAA